AUGUCUUCGGAUGAACCUGCUUCAACCCCCUUUCACUCUGCACAAGCAUCGUUGUCGAAGUUUCAGCGCCAGUACCAACAAACACUCGACCGAUGGACUCCUCACGUCUUUCAGCGAUGGCUGGCGACUUUCUUUCUGCUGGCGCUCUUCAUGCUUAGAAUUGUGCUGUCCCAGGGGGUAAAUCCGAACUUAUUUUAUGCUCUGAUGAUGAAACUGACUAGCGACGUGUCAACAGUGUUAUGUCUGCGGUACUUGGAUGCAUGUGUAGUCUGCUACGGCUUGGCCAUUUACCUCCUGAACUUGCUUCUUGCAUUUCUGCAACCCAAGUUCGACCCUUCACUUGAAGAUGAUCUCCUUGCCGAUGAGAUUGAAGAAGGUGGCGACCAAAGCGUGCCUGUGCUUCCCUCCCAGCGGGAUGAUGAGUUUAGGCCUUUUGUGAGGCGGCUCCCUGAAUGGCAAUUUUGGCUGAGUUCAACAAGGGCCACUGUCAUAUCACUCUUCUGCACCGUGUCUGAGGUCUUCGAUGUGCCAGUCUACUGGCCGAUCCUUGUGGUCUACUUUUGUGUUCUCUUCGCAUUGACAAUGCGUCGGCAAAUUCAGCACAUGAUCAAAUACAAGUACAUUCCAUUUGACAUAGGGCGCAAGGCACGUUACGGCGGGAGCAAGUAG